AUGUUAGAAAUUCCAAUACUAAAUAAAUUGAAUACUAUAAUAGAACCAAGUUUUGAUUGCAAUAGUUCCAAACUAUAUGACAAAGGAGAAAACAUUUACAUUCCAUUAGAGGGUAAAUUAACAACAGAUUAAUUUACAUUCCUACCAAAUUAAGCAUUUACAUAAAUGGGUCUUUGUUAAUAAAAUUUCUAUGCAUUAAAUAAAGAGAGUUAUAAUCACAGAGUAUUAAUAAUAAAAGUGAAUAACAUAUGGCCACAUUUAGAUUAUCAAAUAAAGGAAGAUUUCAAGUAUCUUCAAGUGAUAACUUAAAAUAAACUCUUAAACAAAUAUUCCACACUUCCAACUUUCUUAUUCUAAUAUAUUGAUAGGAUUAUAGUUAUGAAUAAACAAAUUGUUAAAAUUGAGAAUACAAUUGUUUUUAUUGCUGAUGGUAUUAUGUUUCAGAAUGGAAGAGAAGUUAUUCAUCAUUUUGAAGGAGAAGCUAUUGCUAUUACUGAAUGUAGAUUAUAUGGCUUAAAAAAAUCAAGUAUAUAGAAUAUUUCUAUAAGGAUAUCUAAUAUUUGACUUUAUUUGGUGAAUUUGAUGUCAAAUUAACUUUCCAUAAUCAUAAACCUAUGUUAAAAUCUGCAGUUCUAUAAUUCGAUUCUCCUCAGUAUACUUAACAAAGUGUUAUUAAGGAUAUCAAAACUAUAAAAGAGUUAAUUAAAGGGGAUGAUUAUUUAUAACUAAGAUAAAAAUUGAAUGAAAUUUUUGGUAAGAAAAUUUCUGAUCAAUAAUAAUCAAUUCAUAUUUAAUAGAUUUAGCUUUAAUAAUAAUAAUAAUAAUAACCCUAAUCAAACAGCUUUAGAUAAAGAACUACUAGUAAUUAAGAAGAUGUAAUCUAACCAAAAAAGUAAAUUUUUAGACGAAUCUAUGUUGCUAGAGAAAUUGAUAAAACUUAAAAAGAAUAACCUUCAUUAGGGGAAAUUAAAAAAAUCAAUUAUACUCCUUUAUGUAAUAGAUAAUCUCAUGUUAAAAUGAAUAGUUCCAAUGUUAGACAGAAAAAUAUAGAAUAAACUUAAUAGCCAUAACAAUGGCAAUCUGUUGUUUAAUAAUAAUAAUGUUUACCAAUCAUUAAAAGCUUUGUAAAUAUGGAAGAAUACUAAUAACAAUAAUUGUUGAGGAUAAAAAAGAAAGAUAAAUAAAAAAAGAAAAUUGUAUAAAAUAAAUUUAUUGAAUUUGAUAAAAUUUUGAAUUAGUUAAGCAAAUGA